AUGUACACUUUUGUGCCUUCCGAUGUUUGUCUUCUCCGAGAUUUUGUAUACCCAUUGGUUCGUCACGAACCAAAUUUAUUUCCUCAUCCAUUUGUUCACAAAUUACAUGAUAAAAGUGACUUUCCCAUCUAUAUCGAUCAUAUCGAUGUUAUUUUCCAACCUUCAGACCAGAAGAAGCACUACUUUGUGAUGCUAGAAGGGCCUCCAGUUGGUAUAGAGAAUUCGACAUCAUUCCUAGGAGAAAAAACGUAUUGGAGGAAAAGUGACGAAUGGGAUAUUUGUGAAUCGGGAUAUACAUAUGGGGGGGCUACUAUGUACACGUACAUAAGUAAUGAAAGUCCCAGGGAUUGGUAUAUGACUAUAUAUCACGUAAAUCCACAGGAAGUGCUGAAAUGUGGUCCGGUUGAAUUGGGAUUGCAUCAAGUUGAGUUGCGGUGGAAAGCUGUCAAGAUUUCUCCAGUAUAUGUACACUUCAACCCUUUCAUUCGGGUGCCCCUAUCAAUAUUGCCACCACCAUUAUCAGCAUCAUCAGGUAUGUACGCAUUUGCUCCUUCAGAUAUUUGUCUUCUUCGAGAUUUUUUAUACCCCUUGGUUCGUCAUGAACGAAAUUUGUUUCCUCAUCCAUUUGUUCACCAAUUACACAGUCGAAGCGAAUUGCCGCUUGAUAUAGAUGAGGUCAGAAGGAGAUUCCAAAUUUUGGACCGUCGUUUCUGUGACAAGUACUACUUUGUGAUGCCAGAAGGGCCUCCAACUGGUGAAAAUAAUGCCAUAGAGAUUGGAGGAACUAAAAUGUUUUGGAAAAAUUUUCAGGAAACGUGGACUAUCUUUAAACGUGGAUUUGAAUAUGGGGAUUUUACUGUGUAUAGAUACAUACUUGGAGAAAGGGAGACCGAUUGGUAUAUGGUUAUAUAUCACGCAAAUCUUUUGAGCGUACGAACAUAUGGCCCAGUUGAAUUGGGAUUGAAUCAAGUUGAGUCUUUUUGGGUAGCUAUCAAGAUUUUUUCAAAUGAUGCAUCUAUGUCGGUUUUCAAUCCUGUGUCACUCCCUGGACCAGCACCACCAGGUAUUGAGUCACCACCACCACCACUACCACCGUUGUCACCAACAGCAUCAACAGGCAAUAAGCGCAACUGUCACCACCCACCAGCACCAUCAGGUAAUAGACGCAAUAAGCGCAACUGCUACUGUCCACGAGCAUAAUCAAGCAACAAGGCACCACUAUUUUCAGUUCAUUAUUGUUAAUUUUGUAUACAAGAAAGGCUUUGUGCAUAGAGUUGCUUUUAAGUGCG